AUGGCAUUAGAUAAAAAAGAAAGUCAACAAGUAUUAGACGACCAAGUGAAUCCUGCCUAUUGUGAAUCAGAAUGGGGAAACUAUGAAAAUGACUCAAAUUUUAUUUACGAUAAUCCUGCUUAUGACGAUGAAGUUACAACAGAUGUUGUUAUACGCAAAAAACUGGCUGCUCUAGAAAAUCUUUCACAGGCUGGUAAACGAUGUACCUGGGUUGGACAAGACUACGUCAACUGGAGUUUGGUUGAGCCACUAGCCAAAGAACACCCUGCAGUAGAUUUGGUAGAUAGAACAUGUGUGCCACGAAUGCCAUGGCAUGAUGUUGGCUGUGUAAUUGAAGGAACUGCAGCAUGUGAUAUAUCUAGACAUUUCAUCCAACGUUGGAAUCAAAUACGCGCCAGAAAGAUCAAAUCUGCACCACGUGGCAGUGCAAAACGAAUAAUACAGCGUCUUGUGCCCGGUUUACUGCCAUCGCACCCAUGUUCUCCAUGGACAGAGACAAAACUAUCCACAGUUCUUGUAGACCCAAGACAGUCAACAACUUGUACAGUGCAGGCAUUACGAAGUGUUGCCAACUGGUCGUUGGGAAUUCAAUCAGCUCACAAGAAAGGAUUUCGUGAAUCUUUCCGACAAAUUUUCCAUCAAAAUUUACAUACUGUAACUAUUAAAGAUGUGCAUUCGGAUGAGAAUAAACACCAAAUAGGAUUGGAAAAGUCUGUUCUGUCAGCAUAUCUUACUACUAUACAAGAAGCAGAACAUUUUAUAUACAUCGAAAAUCAGUAUUUUGUUAGCUACAUUCUUGGGUCACUAGAAGAAUACGAACAAGCAGGUUUUUCAAUCGAAGACGUCUUAGAGGGAAAAUGUUCUGAUAAGCCAACAUCUGAUUAUCUACCACCUAGCCACUCUAGUGGUUUGGUUAAAAAUCGUAUAUGUGAAGCAAUCUAUCUCAGGAUUUUACGAGCUUACAAUGAGGGGCGUUCAUUCCGUGUGUACAUAGUGCUGCCUUCACUGACUGCAUUCAAAGGUGAAGUUGGGACUUCCUCUGGGACUUAUAUUCAUGUAAUUCUAAAGUAUAUUAGACAAAGCUUGUUUGUCGGUGAAUAUGCUUUGAUUCCACGACUGAAACAAGUUAUACCAAACCCUGAAGACUACGUUUCAAUAUGCAGCUUACGAACGUAUGAUGAAUGGCCUGAUGGUACAAUAAAAUCAGAACUGAUUUAUGUUCACAGUAAAGUGAUGAUUAUUGAUGAUAAAAAAAUGAUUCUAGGAUCAGCUAAUAUAAAUGAUCGCAGUAUGCUGGGUUUUCGUGACAGUGAAUUAGGCAUCAUAAUUGAAAGUAACUCAGACAAUGAUCUUAUUGAUGGAAAAUUUAACGGGAUAGAUGUAAAAGUUCAUCCAUUUGUACAAAGAUUUCGAAGAAGUUUAAUGGCUGAAUUUCUUGGAAUAUUACCAAAAUCUUCAAGAGAAUCUAGACAUAGUAUGAAUCAUGACUUAUUAGAUGAUCCAGUAUCAGAUGGAUUUUUUCAUAAUUUAUGGAAUGGGACUGCUGUUAGUAAUGGAGAACUUUUUGAAAAAAUUUUCAACUGUAUUCCUGCAUCGGAUUUGUUAACAUUUCGACAAUGUGUUGAAAGGAGAAAUCAAAUCCCGUUGAUAAGAAGUGAUCGACAAAAAGCACUUGAGUUACUUAAAGAAAUUAAAGGCUACUUAAUACCCUUUUAUCCUGAUUUUCUUGCAAAUGAAUCACUUGAAUGUCCAGUAGGAAGUAUUGAACGAAUGAUUCCAGAAGUGGUGUGGACUUGA